AUACAUGCCCUGCUCAUCAAUUUCUUCAUAUAUACUACAUCACUCAGUUCUCCCUUGCUACCAUAUUCAAGAAAAAUAUUCUUCUACUUACUUAGCCAAUAUUUCACAUUUCCAACUUGCAAGGUUAAUUGUGUUGUUUGUAUUUUGUUAAGAAGGAUAAAAUGGAGGAAAAGGUGUACAAGGAGUGCACACAGGAUGGAGCAAUUGAUAGCCAUGGUCUUCCUGCAGACAGAAGGAGAACUGGAACUUGGGUGGCAGGAAUUUUGAUUUUAGUGAACCAAGGACUUGCAACUUUGGCAUUCUUUGGUGUGGGAGUGAAUCUCGUGCUGUUUCUCACGAGAGUGAUGGGUCAAGACAAUGCUGAUGCAGCCAACAAUGUUAGCAAGUGGACAGGGACAGUUUACAUCUUCUCUCUUCUUGGAGCCUUCGUUAGUGACUCUUACUUGGGGAGGUAUAUGACGUGUGCCAUCUUCCAGGUCAUUUUUGUUGUGGGCCUGGCGUCUUUAUCACUGACAACUUACUUAUUCCUAUUGGAGCCCAAUGGCUGUGGUGAUAAAGAAUUACCCUGCACAUCACAUUCAUCAUACCAAACUGCUUUAUUCUAUGUCUCCAUUUAUCUAAUAGCCCUAGGAAAUGGAGGAUACCAACCAAACAUAGCUACAUUUGGGGCUGAUCAGUUUGAUGAAGAGGAUCCAAAAGAACAACACUCAAAAAUAUCAUUUUUCAGCUAUUUUUAUUUGGCUUUGAACCUUGGCUCACUCUUCUCAAACACCAUAUUGAAUUACUUUGAGGAUGAUGGGUUAUGGACUUUGGGGUUUUGGGCCUCAGCUGGCUCUGCCUUUUUGGCAUUGGUUCUGUUUCUUUGUGGCACACCAUGGUAUAGAUACUUUAAGCCUGGUGGGAACCCUGUUCCUAGAUUUUGCCAAGUUUUUGUUGCUGCAAUGAGAAAGUGGAAGGUGAAGGUGUCACCGGGUGAAGAAGAUCAACUUCAUGAAGUUGAAGAAUGUUCAACCAAUGGUGGGAGAAAAAUGUUCCACACAGAAGGAUUUAGGUUCUUAGACAAAGCAGCACUUAUCACAUCACAGGAAUCCAAACAAGAAAAUGAAUGCAGUCUUUGGCAUCUCUCCACUGUGACACAAGUUGAGGAAGUGAAAUGCAUACUGAGACUACUCCCAAUUUGGCUCUGCACCAUACUGUUCUCAGUUGUUUUCAGCCAAAUGGCAUCACUAUUUGUGGAGCAAGGUGCUGCAAUGGACACAAAAAUUUCAUCUUUCAACAUUCCUCCCGCAAGCAUGUCAUGCUUUGACAUCCUCAGUGUAGCUUCAUGCAUCUUCAUCUACAGGAGAGUCCUUGAUCCCCUUGUAGCCAAAACAAUGAAAUCCAAAGGAAUCACACAGCUUCAGAGGAUGGGAAUUGGUCUAGUCCUUGCAAUCAUGGCCAUGGUAGCAGCAGGAUUGGUAGAGCAAUUCAGGUUGAAGCAUGCAACAAGUGAAGAAGGGUCAAGUUCACUAUCCAUUUUCUGGCAAGUGCCACAAUAUGUGCUCAUAGGAGCAUCAGAGGUAUUCAUGUAUGUGGGUCAAUUGGAGUUCUUCAAUGGGCAAGCACCUGAUAGAUUGAAGAGCUUUGGAAGUGCACUUUGCAUGACAUCAAUUUCACUAGGAAACUAUGUCAGCAGUUUGCUUGUUGCAAUUGUGAUGAAGAUCUCUGCCAGGGAUGAUGACAUGCCCGGGUGGAUCCCAGGGAACCUGAACAAGGGACAUUUGGACAGGUUUUACUUCCUAUUAGCAGCACUAACAGCAGCUGAUUUUGUCAUUUAUGUUGCUAUGGCUAGGUGGUAUAAAUAUGUCAAAUUUCAAGGAAACAAUGAUGAAGAAGACAUCAACAAAGAAAACAUUGAGCUUAAGGUGUAGACCUGUCACCUGUAUCUUCGGCCGUUUGGGUCUAAUCUCUUCUUUAUCCCACCAAUAGAAUUUUGUCAUGUCAUUUAAAAAUCACAUAUGGAAAGUUAUGAGUCAUCCAUAUCAUGUUUUAAUUGACAUACAUAAUUUUAUUGAUGAAUCAAUGAAUGAAACAUCAAACAGAGAGAAAAAAAAAGUCCAACAUAUGUACUCUUUGCUAUGACACUAAACAAAUUCAUUCACCAAUUUUGUUUAGCAGAGCAAAUGUGGUACAAAUUGUACCCUGUUAUAGAAUUUCAUCUAGUAUAUAUAUUUGAUUUUCGCAUCAUGGGUUUGGUCUCCCAAGAUUUCGAACUCAUCAAUCUUUGUACUUGUAUAACUUUAUUUUUACAGAAUGAGGCAUUUAAUUGUUCAUUUGUUGGAAUAUUUAUGAGGAGGAAUUUGAUGUGUUAAAGA